GCAGGAGGUUUAUUGGGUGUGUGUUGAAGUGCGUGAGCGAAGAGUGUGUGGAGGAGGAGGUGCAGUGAUUAAACCCGGAAGCUUAUGUAGGAAGGCGGAAACACAGACACAGACAAGAGGAGGUUCAGCGACACGACCCCAGCCUCCCAUGAGCGGCCCGUCGGGUUCCGCUGAGUGCCGCUCCACCACCACCACCACCACCACCACCAUCACCACCACCUUGGAGCAGCCAGCCACCACCGCCACCGACACCACCACCACCGCUACAGCCAUGAAGAAGUUGGGAAGAACAAAGGCACCGACAGUCAAACGAGAGCGGGUGUCGCCUUCCCGCGGGGACAGCGUGGGCCUGUCGGUGGUGGCGUCACAGGGCUGCGGCGAGGUGUGCCAGGGGUGCCGGGACGUGAUCGCCGACCGCUUCCUGCUGCGAGUCAACUCCCGCUCGUGGCACCAGACGUGCCUGCGGUGCUGCGUGUGCCAGCUGGCCCUCGACCGCCAGCCCUCCUGCUUCAUCAGGGAGCACAACGUGUACUGCAAAACAGACUACACCAGGAACUUCGGGGCGCGGUGCGCCAAGUGUUGCCGCAGCAUCGGCGCCGCGGACUGGGUGCGGCGGGCGCGGGACCGUGUUUACCACCUCGCCUGUUUCGCCUGCGAUGCCUGCAAACGGCAGCUCAGCACCGGCGAGGAGUUUGCGCUUCACGACAGCCGUGUGUUGUGCAAGCAGCACUACCUGGAGUCCAUCGAGGGCGGAGCGACAAGCAAUGACGAGAACACAGACGGAGAAGGCAGCCAGCGGAAGAGUAAGCGGGUGAGGACAACCUUCACUGAUGAGCAGCUGCAGGUACUUCAGGCGAAUUUCCAGAUCGACUCCAACCCGGACAGCCAAGACCUGGAGAGGAUCGCGCAGUUGACGGGCCUCAGCAAGAGAGUCACGCAGGUGUGGUUCCAGAACUCCCGCGCUAGACAGAAGAAACACAUGUCCUCCAAGAAACAGCAGCAGGGAGUGGACCGCGCCCUGCAGGACAUGAACGGCUCCCUGGCACGAAGCAUCGACCUUCACUUCAUGUACUCCUUCAGACCCCACAGUGUUGAACCCGAUGACUCCUCUUCGCCCGAGACGCCCAUAAUGACGAUGAUGCAUGGGGAGGUGUGACGUCACGCUCUGGGGUGAGGCGCGUCCCGUUGAAAAGGUUUAUCCCCCUCCCCGGAGCACCAGCAAGACCAAGACCGAGACCCAAACGUCGCUUUAUUGUUUACACGCUGUCAGGAGAAAGCGGAGAGAUGAAGAGAUGGACGGACGGAAUAAGAGGGAGGGAAAGAUUCGCGUAUUCUUUCUCCUCCUCUUCCUCUUCUCUUUUCUUGUCUUUUCUCUCCGUUAGCUGUCAAAUUUUUAUUUUUGCGAUUCAUUGGUUAUUGUUACUGUCUCUCUCUCUCUCUCUCUCUCUCUCUCUCUCUCUCUCUCUCUCUGGAAAAAAAAAAUUGAAUUUUUAACAAGGAACAUUAUAUACUGCUUUAUUUCCUCAUUUCUUCUUCUUCUUCUUCUUCUUCUUCUUCUUCUUUUCUUCUUCUUCAGCAGUGUUAUAUGAUACAGAUUAUUACAUUUUCUGCACAUUUAUUACCUUUUAUUUCUUUCGCUGUACGUUUAACUCACCAUCACAUAUCACUAUUACCAUCAUCCGCCACCAUUACCAUUCUGUCACCAUCACUGUCAUAACCACCACCAUCAUCACCAUCACCACUGAUGCCGCCAUCAUUAUCAUUCACUCAUCGUCACCAUCAUCAGUAUAUAUAUGUAGUUAUAAUGUUCAUAGUGGUAGCUGUGUCAGAGUACUAAAUGUGUCUUUCAGUGUUCAUUGUACAGUGAUGGGAUGCUGAGUGCUGAGUGCUGAGAGGUGUGUUGUGGUGCUGGGGGCCGACUGCUGAUUCACGUAUAUGCUGAUCCGUCAACAGCAUUCAUUUUUUUUAUUCAUCUGUGUUCAAUUUAUCGUCAAUUAUUUUUUUCUUCUAUUGAGUUCAAGGAUUUAUGUUAACGGAUAAUGAACUGUAACUGUCACGCUUCAUUAUAUCACUCUUUUUUUUUCUAGGUUACUUCUGCAUAAUUUGUCGAUUUGUUUUUUUGUUUUUUUUUUCUUUUCUCUCUCUCUCUCUUCUAUUAAAGAUAUCAUGUUGCUGGAUAAUGAACUGUAAAUCAUGUGCUUCAUUAUAUUACUCAAAUUCUCCUCGUCACUUAUAAUUACAUGAUGCAAAAUCGCGAAUAACUCAGACAGUUGAUGUUUCUGUUGCUUGCUGGCAUUUAUUAUUACAAAAAAGAUUUCGUAUGUUAGUAACGCAAUGGUUUAUUUGAUAUACCGUGGUACAAAUCAUUUAUCCAAGUAGUCCCUACCUGCUGUUACUGCUGCUGCUGCUGCUGCUGCUGCCGAUCGUGAUAUCAGUUCUGGUCUGGAAACAAGACAGGUUGUAUGUCCUUCCUUUGUGAUCCAACAGACGUCGUUGUUUAUCUAUAUGUAGUUAUAUAUAAUGUUGUGUCGAUCUUUAAUGUAAUGCAAGACAUCUUGGAGGAAGUGUUUGUCAUAAUGUGAAGGAUAAUUCAAGUAUUUACGAAAUGUCUACAAUGGACGGAAAGUUCCUAGUUCAUGUCGGAUUGUGUUCACUUCCCACGUGGAGCUUCGCUGUGACGGUGCGAGGCGCGGCGCAUCUCUGCCCUGCUGUUGUCUGUGCUGCGGAAGUAUUUGUAGCUGUGUCAAGAAGAAAUACUGACCAAGAAAGAAUUAGAGACUGCAGUCUUUGUGACACAGACAGUACUGAAGACCUGCAGCCACAAGAUGUUUCAGGAGUUCACAGUGUAUAGAGGAUCC